AGACGAUCUCUUUCCCUUUAGAGACCCAUCAUAUUAGAGAAGUUUCCAAGCCCAUCAUGGCCCUUCCGUCUGCAUACCGCGAGAACCUUGAGGCGGCACUUGACCCCAGCCGCCAAAAAGGUCAGAUCUUCAAGCUUACAGCUCCAGCCGACGAGCUUGGUUGCGUUGACUUCGGCUCGAACAACACCCUUUCCCUUGGUGGGAGUGCAGCAACACGAGAGGAGUUUCUCCGAGAGCUUGCACGAAAUCCCAACUUUGCUAUUGGGACCGGUGGCAGCCGUCUCCUAGGCGGAACCACUCAAUAUAUCGACGAGCUCGAACGGGACUUGGCCCAUUUCUAUAAUGCAGACGAGGGCUUGAUUUUGCCCUCCGGAUAUGAGGGUAACGUUGCGAUCCAUGCGACCCUUCCGCAGACGGGAGACGCUAUUAUUCACGACGCAAAGAUCCAUGCCAGCACGCGGGAUGGCAUGCGUUCCUCAAAAGCACACAUCAUACGACCAUUCGCGCACAACGACCCACACUCCUUGUACGACGUUCUCGAGGAAGUCAAGCUACUGGAGCCAGCAAUUGCCGAUGGGCUCAAUACCGUCUUCGUGACGAUUGAAUCGAUCUAUAGCAUGGACGGGGAUGUGGCGCCCGUGGCUGAGAUCCUAAACGAAGCGAAACGGGCCUUGCCGAAAGGUAAUCUGGUCAUGAUCCUUGACGAGGCGCACUCCCAUGGUAUUGUCGGGCCAAGUGGAGCUGGUCUAGCGUGUCAGCUGGGUCUAGAGCAUGAGUUUGCUGUCAGGUUACACACCUUCGGCAAGGCCAUUGGAGCCGGUGGUGGUAUUAUUCUCUGUGACGGUCUGAUUAAAAGAUAUUUGGUUAGCUAUGCACGUAACUUCAUGUUCACCACAGCUCCGGCCUUCACUUUCUUUGCCACCAUCAAGGCUGCGGUCACUGUCAUGAGUAGUAAGGAGGGUGACUGGCGUCGAAAGCAGCUCCAAGACCGGAUUUACCACUUCUACGAACUCCUCUUCCACCAUCCCCAGUGGGAACAUGUUCGAAGAUCCGGAAUCCUGAGCAUUCCCACCACCGACCAUUUUGUGAAAGGUUCUUCGUUCCUUGUACCCAUCAUCCCCCUCAUCACACAGCCAGGUUACAGCCAUAGACUCGAGAAAUGGCUUCUAGACCGCGGCAUGCACACGCAUGGAGUGCGGUAUCCCGUUGUGCCUAUGGCGAAGGAGCGAGUUCGAGUCAUGAUACACGUUGAAAAUACAACAGAGCAAGUUGAAGCAUUAGUCAAGUCCAUCAUGGAAUGGGCGGACCAGUAUGCGCCGUCCCUGUCUCCAACUACAAUCAAGUUACGCCUGUGAAGGGAAGCAAUGUUUGUGUGGAUGUUAACAAAUUGUACAGAGGUAAACUGGAUGAACAUCAUCCGUGAUAUUUUUCAUCUUCCUUAGGAAAACUGGCUUGUGUACAGAAAAUGUGUUUCCUUCUGUGUCAGUCUAACUCUCCUUUCGCAAUUACUCCUUUCCAUCACCAUUAUGAGUAUUAACGUUACUGUGUUGCCAUUUCCUUCUUCUCUUUUGAUUUUGUAUCGUUA